AUGCGCUUUCGAACAGAAUUAAAAAAUAUACGUACAUUCUCGAAGCUCACGGCGGCGCUCUCUUCGCUCGAGAAGAUCGCCUGGGUGCGUCUUAGUGAUGAGACGGCACGCUUCACCGUGAUUCCCGACAUGGGAUCCCAGGUUUGGGCCUCCCUCGCCAUGGACUUCAUCUUUGACAACUACCACAUCCAAUCCGCAGAAGCCAACAACACCAUCAACCUCGAGCUGCCUCUGCAGCCGCUUCAGCGCGCGCUCAAGUCCGCCCUCAACAGCAUCUCCGCCUCCCUGCGCCUCACCAAAAAGGACGGCCUGCCCGUGCUCUCCCUCACAAUCACAACCACCACCACCGCCGGCAGCAGCACAAACGCCGCCGCCGCCGCCGCUGCUGCUGCUGGCCCGCAAGCACGCACCGCAGCGGUAGACAACGAUGACCCGUUUGCCAUGGGCGACGAGGACGAGCUCUUCCACGCUGAGCACCUCGAGACAUCGCUACGCCGCGAGCACGAAAAGAUCAUCACGCAGGACAUUCCGGUGCGGGUGCUGCACCCCGAGACCGUCGAGACCAUCAUGCAGCCCAAGGUCCGCGAGCCCGACGUGCACAUCCAGCUGCCGCCGCUCCUCCAGCUCAAGGCCAUCUCGGACCGCUUCACCAAGCUCGCGCAGACGACGACCGCCACGGGAGGAGGAGGAGGGGCCAAGGCGCCGCGGCUCGAGCUCGCCGCCAACAUGCACGGCAGCCUGCGCCUGCGCAUCGCCACCGACACGACCGACAUUGCCAGCGUCUGGUCCGGCCUCGAGAACCCGGAGCUCGACCCCGCGCAGCUCGACCGCCCGCUCGCCGAGCACCCGAGCACGCGAUUCCGCGAGGACGGGCCCGACCGCUGGGCGACGGUGCGCGUCGACGGCAAGGACUGGAGCCGCGUGCUGAGCGUUGGCAGGCUGGAGGGCCGCGUGAUUGCGUGCUUUGCGGACGAUCACGCGCUGAUUCUAUACGUGUACGUACCGCAGUACGACGACGCGUCCGCAGACGAUUCUGUAGUUACGUAUUAUGUCCAGUCAUAUAGCGCAUAG